GUUUCAAUUCGUCUCUGUUCCUACCAAACCUAACCUUUUGGUAAUAAGCCACGUUCAUGUUUUCGAAUUCCAUAUCUGAGGUUCGAAGUUCUGAGCGCUAACCACUGUCAGUACUGAAAACUGCAAAUUGUCUGAGCCAAUGCCGACUUAAUCAAAUUUAUAAGACAUUACCGACUUGAAAUAGUUUCAAUUACGAAUAAUAAUCUUACGUUUCUUAAAUCUUUAUUCAAAGCAAUGAAAUUCUACGCUUCAUGGAGUUCUCUCUUCAAAGUUUUAGCGUUCCUUGCACUUUUUUGUUGCUUGGUUAAUUGCGGCUCUAUCAAUCCUAAUUUAAACAUUAAAAGUGCUGAUAUAACUAUCAAUUUACACUCGCAAAUAACCAAGAUCACCAAUAAACUGAUUGUGGAAAACAAAGGUCAAACCGUGGUGUCUAAUCUAUAUUUUACACUUGAUGGUAAGCAGAAAGAACAAUUGAGUUAUAUAUCAGCACUGCUUCGUGGACAUGGCAGACCAGAAUUAAAAGUUAAAAAGAUAAAAAAUUCAGAGAUAAAUAAAGCUUAUCCAGAUAAAUUAUUUUAUUCUAUUGAACUCAAGGAUCCAUUGCAACCAGAACGAACUGUACCAAUUGAAGUUGAAGUAGUUUUAACACAUGAACUUAUUCCUCAUCCAAAAGUAAUAUUGCAAAAGGAAAAACAAUUAGUUAAAUAUUUAGGAAAUCUGUAUUUAUUCUCACCAUAUUCAGUAAAUAAGCAAACAACAACAGUUAUUUUACCUUCUCGAAAUAUUGAAAACUAUACUAAAAUCAAACCUGUAUCUCAAAGUGACUCUACCAUAAGUUAUGGUCCAUUUGAUAAGAAAGGUGCUUUUUCUCAAGAAGAACUAAUUAUACAUUUUGAAAAUAAUAAUAAGUUUUUGACUGUUACAAAACUUGAAAGAACUAUUGAAGUAUCCCAUUGGGGUAAUAUUGCUGUAGAAGAAACUAUUGAUUUACUGCAUACAGGAGCAUUGUUAAAAGGUUCGUUUUCAAGAUAUGAAUAUGCAAGAGAAGGGAAAUCUGGACAAUCAAGUGUUCAAAGUUUUGAUACUGUAUUACCAGCAGCUGCCUCUGACAUAUAUUAUAGAGAUGAAAUUGGUAAUAUUUCAACUUCCCAUACUAGAAUAAAGAAAGAUUCUGUUGAAUUAAAUUUAAAAUUACGCUUUCCACUUUUUGGUGGAUGGAAGACUCGCUAUACAAUUGGGUACAAUGUACCAAGUUAUGAAUAUCUGUAUAAUUUGGGAAAUGAUUAUAUUUUAGAUAUGCGAUUGUUAGAUCACAUAUAUGAUGAUAUGGUUGUUGAUGAAAUGACUGUAAAAAUUAUUUUACCAGAGGGAUCAAAUAGCAUUAAAUUAGAACUUCCAUAUGUAAGUUCUCGUUUACCAGGCAGUCUCCAAUAUACUUAUUUAGAUACCACGGGACGUCCAGUAAUAUCUGUAGCUAAGAAAAAUUUAGUAGAGAAUCAUAUUCAAAAUUUUCAGCUGAAAUACACAUUUCCAAAAUUAUUAAUGAUACAGGAACCACUUUUAGUUACUGUGGCUCUUUAUUUACUAUUUUUACUUGUUAUUAUUUAUGUGCGUUUAGAUUUUUCUAUUGAUAAGGAUGAAAUCUCUGAAAGUAAAUUAAGAGUUGCUGGACAAUGUGAAAAAAUCUUAGCAGCACAGGAUCGUAGAGUUUCAUCUUAUAAUGAAUUGGAUGAUAAAUUGUCAUAUUUAAAGACAAAUAAAGAUGUCAAUGCAUAUUUAUCUGCAAUUAAAGGUAUUCAACAGGAAUAUAAAAACGCAACUGCAGCUGUUACGGAAUUAGCUCAAAAAUUAAAAGGAGAAGCUGGAGAUGUUUAUGAUAGAAUACAAGAGCUUCAAAAACAUGAUAAAGCUCUUAAAGAAUUAUACAACCAACAACAAUCAAUGUAUAUUGAUAAAUUGGUACCAGGAAAAAUUGGUCGCCAACAAUUUGUUGACGCAGAAGCAGCUAUUGCCAAAAAAAAAGAAGAAUAUGUGGAAAAAAUAAAUAAUGUAGUUAAAUCAUUGCAGUGAAGAAACUUUUUUUACUUAUUGUCUUAUUUAACUGCAGAUCUGAUGAAAUAAGUAAAGAACUGAUUUAUUGAAUCACAACUGUCAAAUUUAUUUUCAUAUUUUUCAUCUCAAUACAAGCAUUUAUGUGUUGUGAGUUAUAA